GACAGAGAUCCUUUUCCCUCUUUGCUGUUCCCCUCUCUGUAGGCAGCCAGUGGAGGACUAGAGAGGGAGGGAACCAGACGUAGACACCGAGCUCCGCGUGAGAGAAGCAACUCCACAAAGAGAGAGGAGACAGAGGCAGGGUGAGAGAGUUUUCUUUAGGAAGUCAAGCACGGCAGAAGAGGACAAGCUUUAUCCCCCCCCCCCUCCCCAAGAACCUCCAAACAGUAGAAGACUAGUGUGACUUAAAGUAUCCAUUCGCCCUUCCUCUUGAGGACAAAAACACACUUAUUUCUCUUUUUUUUUUUUUUUCUUUUUCCUGCCCCCCCACCCCAACACACUUAGUUAGAUCUCCCAUACGCUGCGGUGUGUUUGCUCAGCCUGCAGUGCCAGGACUUCUGCUGGUAAAGGCAGCAGCAAAAGUAGGCUCUCAGUGAGGGGGGGCUCCGGAGCUCCGGAGCACAGGAGGCAACAGCAGCAACAGCAAGGCGGCGUGGGAGGUGAGGAGGAGCAGCAGGAGGAGCGGAUCAUGCCCGGGAGAGGCUACUCAGGAAGCUGCGGGCCCCCAUUGCCAGGGCCGUGGGGCUUGGCUCUGCUCCUGUGCGGCGUGCUGCUGGCAGCCGGCACCGGCGCCUGCCCCGCACUCUGCACCUGCAGCGGCACCACCGUGGACUGCCACGGUCUGGGGCUGAAGAGCGUGCCCCGGAACAUACCUCGCAACGUGGAGAGACUGGAACUGAAUGGAAAUAACUUCACCCGCAUCAACAAGAAUGACCUUUCUGGACUCAAAUACCUUCGUGUUCUGCAGCUGAUGGAGAACCAGAUCGGAGCCAUUGAGAGAGGGGCUUUCGACGACAUGAGAGAGCUGGAGAGGGUACGACUGAACAGGAACCAGCUUCACCAACUCCCAGAGUUGCUUUUCCAGAAGAAUGCCGCUUUGUCACGACUAGACCUGAGUGAGAACUUCAUCCAGGCCAUUCCUCGCAAGGCCUUCCGUGGCGCUACAGACAUCAAUAACCUACAGUUGGACAAGAAUCAUAUCAGCUGUAUCGAAGAUGGUGCCUUCCGAGCCCUUCGGGGCCUGGAGGUUUUAACCCUGAACAACAACAACAUCAGUGCCAUACCAGUGUCAAGUUUCAACCACAUGCCCAAGCUAAGAACCUUCCGCUUGCACUCAAACAACCUGAACUGCGACUGCCACCUCUCUUGGCUGUCCCAGUGGCUGCGUCAGAGGCCCAUGCUUGGCCUGUUCACACAGUGUUCCUCACCACCCCAGCUCAGAGGGAUCAACGUGGCUGAGAUCCAGAAGCAUGAGUUCACCUGCUCAGGUCAUUUGGAGAACUCCAGCCCCCAGUCUUGCAAUCUUGCCGCUGGCUCCUGUCCUGCCAUGUGUACCUGCAGCAACAACAUAGUGGACUGCAGGGGCAAAGGAUUGACAGCCAUCCCUGCCAACCUCCCCGACAACAUGGCUGAGAUACGACUCGAACAGAACGGCAUCAAGUCCAUUCCUCCGGGAGCGUUCUCGCCUUACAAGAAGCUCCGCAGAAUAGACCUCAGCAACAACCAGAUCUCUGAGAUUGCUCCUGACGCCUUCCAAGGUCUGCGUUCCCUCAACUCCUUAGUCCUAUAUGGGAACAAGAUCACAGAGUUGCCCAAAGGUGUAUUUGACGGACUUUAUGCCCUCCAGCUGCUUCUUCUGAAUGCCAAUAAGAUCCACUGUGUACGUGCUAACGCAUUCCAAGACUUGCAGAACCUCUCUCUGCUCUCUCUGUAUGAUAAUAAGAUCCAGACUCUGGCCAAAGGCACCUUCGCUUCCCUUCGUGCUAUCCAGACCCUUCAUCUGGCCCAGAACCCAUUUAUUUGUGACUGUAAUCUGAAGUGGCUGGCUGACUACCUCCGUUCCAACCCGAUUGAGACCAGUGGAGCACGUUGUGCCAGCCCCCGCCGCCUGGCUAACAAGCGCAUUGGCCAAAUCAAGAGCAAGAAGUUCCGCUGUUCUGCCAAAGAGCAGUACUCCAUUCCAGGCUCAGAGGACAGCAGGCUGAACAAUGAGUGCAAUGAUGAACCUGUCUGCCCAGCUAAGUGUCGCUGUGAGUCAAAUGUGGUGGAUUGCUCCAACCUGCGUCUCACUAAGGUCCCUGACCACAUCCCUGCCUCUACCGCUGAGCUUCGUCUCAACAACAAUGAGAUCACAUCUCUGGAGGCCACUGGCGCAUUCAAGACUUUGACACAGCUGAAGAAAAUAAAUCUCAGCAACAACAAGAUUUCGGAAAUUGAAGAUGGCGUCUUCGAGGGUGCCUCUUCCAUCACUGAGUUACAUCUGACAGCCAAUCAACUGGAUUCUGUACGCAGUGGCAUGUUCAGGGGUUUGGAAGGUCUACGCAUGCUAAUGCUCCGCAACAACCGCAUCAGCUGCAUCCACAACAACAGCUUCACUGGCUUGUAUAAUGUUCGCCUGUUGUCUCUUUAUGACAACCAGCUGACCACCAUUACACCGGGAGCAUUUGACACUCUUCAGACCCUCUCUACUCUGAACCUACUGGCUAACUCCUUCAACUGUGACUGCCGACUGGCAUGGCUGGGUGACUGGCUGCGGAGCCGCAAGAUUGUCACAGGGAAUCCACGCUGCCAGCGGCCGGCUUUCCUGAAGGAGAUCCCGCUGCAAGAUGUGGCCUUGCCAGAUUUCCACUGCGAAGAUGGCCAAGAGGAUGUCAGCUGCAUGCCACGCCCUCAGUGUCCCAGCGAGUGCACUUGCCUGGAGACAGUGGUGCGCUGUAGUAACAAGCACCUGCGAGCCCUCCCCAAGGGCAUUCCUCGCAACGUUACCGAGCUGUAUCUGGAUGGCAACCAGUUUAGCACAGUGCCAAAAGAGCUCGCUGCCUUCAAAUAUCUGCAGCUGGUUGACCUGAGUAACAACAAGAUCAACUCUUUGACAAACUCAUCCUUUGCCAACAUGAGUCAACUCACCACCCUGAUUCUGAGUUAUAAUGCACUUCGUUGCAUUCCAGGCCUCGCCUUUGCUGGUCUUCGAUCCCUCCGUCUGCUGUCUUUGCAUGGUAAUGACAUCUCGGAGCUUCCUGAUGGGAUCUUCAAUGACGUGGUGUCUCUGUCGCACCUGGCCAUCGGUGCCAAUCCCCUGUACUGUGACUGCCGCUUGCGCUGGCUGUCAGACUGGGUGAAAACAGGGUACAAGGAGCCAGGGAUCGCCCGCUGCACUGGUCCCUUGGGCAUGGAGGGCAAGCUGCUCCUCACCACCCCUGCCAAGAAGUUCGAAUGCCAAGAUGAUGUUGACCCUGCUGUCCUGGCUAAGUGUAAUCCAUGCCUGUCCAGUCCUUGUUGGAACCAUGGUGUCUGCCAAACAGAUUUAACAGAACUGUACAGGUGUACUUGUAUAGAUGGCUUCAAGGGAAAGAACUGCGAGACUGCUCUCAAUGUCUGCAUCAGUAACCCGUGUGCUAAUGGCGGGAUGUGUGAAGUCACUGGAGAGGGGGACACCUACAUCUGUUCCUGUCCUCUGGGCUUUGAAGGCUCCAACUGUGAAAUCAAUACUGAUGAAUGUGAGGACAAUGACUGUGAGAAUGGUGCGACCUGUAAAGACGGCGUCAACAACUACACAUGCCUAUGUGCACCCUACUACACAGGGGAGAUGUGUGAAGAGAUAGAAGACAUUUGUGCGCCUGGACGCAGCCCUUGCAAGCAGCAAUCAACCUGUCUCAUCACUGCAAUGGGUCCUAAGUGUGUGUGUGCACCUGGAUAUGUAGGCGAUGACUGCAGCAUAAAUUACAAUGACUGUCAGGAGCACAAGUGCCAGAACAACGGCGAGUGUGUGGACGAAAUCAACGGCUAUUCCUGCACCUGCACCAGAGGCUACAGCGGGCAGCUGUGUGAGGUGCUGCCAUCACCACGCUCCCCCUGCGACCUGGCAGAGUGCCAGAACGAGGCGCCAUGUGUGGAGCGGGCAGGCCGGGCGCUCUGCCAGUGUCUUCCAGGAUUUGGCGGGCCACGCUGCGAGAAGCUGGUGAGCGUCAAUUUCGUGGAUCGUGACUCCUACCUGCUACUGAGUGACAUGAAGAACUGGCCCCAGGCAAACAUCACCCUGCAGGUGUCCACUGCCGAAGACAAUGGCAUCCUUCUGUACAAUGGCGAUAACGACCACAUUGCUGUGGAACUCUACCAGGGUCACGUGAAGGUCAGCUACGACCCUGGCAGUCAACCAGGCCAUGCCAUCUACAGCACAGAGACCAUUAAUGAUGGUCAGUUCCACACAGUGGAGCUAGUGACCUUUGACCAGAUGGUGAACCUGUCUAUUGAUGGCGGCAUUCCCACCACCAUGGACAGCUUCGGCAAGCUGCGGCCCCUGAAUGGAGAGGCUCCGCUAUACGUGGGGGGUAGGGGCCCACCGCAGAUACCUACCUCCACUGCAGGCAUGCCUGUGGAUGUGCUUCCUCCCGCCCUGCGCUUGUGGCAGAUCCAGAACGGCUCCAGUUUCCACGGCUGCAUCCACCUCUACAUCAACAACGAGCUGCAGGACUUCACCAAGACACAGAUGAAGCCUGGUGUAGUGCCGGGCUGCGAACCCUGCCGCAAAAUCUACUGCCUGCAAGCAUCUUGCCAGCCGGAUGCCGCACUGGGCCCCGUCUGCCACUGCCAGCCGGGCUGGGGUGCACACUGUGAUCAGCCGGCUGCUAACCCUGCCAGGGCAGCAAGAACUUUUGUUUUUGUGCAGUGCGUCCAUGGAAAAUGUAUUCCACUGGACAUGCAGUCCUACCGCUGUGAAUGCCAAGAGGGUUAUCGUGGUGCCCUGUGCAACCAGCAGGGGGAGCUCUACAACCCAUGCAAAUGGCUACAGUGCAAACAUGGCCGCUGUCAAAUUUCAGACACAGGCGAUGCCUACUGCCACUGUGAGAGUGGCUAUACUGGAGAAGUGUGCUACCAGAGUCCGAGUGUCAUGGGGAAGCCUGUGCGGGACUUCUACCAGGUGCAGCGAGGCUAUGCCAUCUGCCAAACAACACGCAUGGUGUCGUGGGUGGAGUGCAGUGGAGCCUGUGACACAGGAGCCUGCUGUGCCAGUCAGAGGAUGAAGCGCCGGAAAUACACCUUUGAGUGCAGUGAUGGCACCUCCUUUAGCGAGGAGGUGGAGAAGACGAUCAAGUGCGGCUGUGUGGGCUGCAUGUAGCACGCUUCUCUCGCUAGUGUGACCCCCCACCGACCACCACCACCUCACGUGAACCCCAACCCACUAUCAUUGUUGCAGUGUCAGAGAGAAACCGGGGUAGUGAGAAUGAGACCCAGCGCAAGUAGAGAAUAUACAGAAAAUAUAUAUAAAAAAAAAAAACCCUAUCUAUAUAUUAUGGACAACAUUGUUUGUAAAAUAUAGGACUUUUCCUCCCUUCCAAGGGGUGUAUGGCAUAAGACCAAAAAAGAACAUUAAAAUACGAAACAACACCAACAAAAAAGCAUUGUAUCUGUGAAACUUUGCUUUAGCAAAAACAAGGGCGGCUAAGUUUCAAGAAGUGUUGUGUUCCUUGCAGGUGUUGCGCGAUUCCCAUUUGCCCCCUGAGAUUUUGACCCUUUCUGCCCAUCUAUUAGGCUUCAGAUAGCCUCAACACAAUGUCAUGUUCCGUUAAUAGAGAGGUCCGCCUCACCCCUGGCUUGUUCAGGCCCAAAGCAGGCAUGGUAGGGGAUUCGAGGAGAGGUGGGUAAAAAAAGCAAGGCUUUUGUCUGCAUUCCCAUAGCACAAGGACUGUCCUCUUUCUAGGCAAGGUGCUUCAAAGGCAUCUUGGUAAUAGUGAUGAUACAUAUGGCCCCACUAUCAUCAUCACUGAAAGACAGGUACAUUAAGUAUCUAUACACAUAUACACAUAGACUUGCAGACACAGCAUAUACUCACUAACCUACCUUACUGUGCCACAUCCAAACAGGCACAGAUGAUACUACUGGCACGUUGUGUAUACAGAAAUUAGCUAAAACAUUGAAGUAGUUUGAGAAGCUAAAGGAGGUGACUGGUGAGGGCAGAGAGCUUCUAACGUUGGUGACAGCACAGAUGCUUACAUCAGUGGUUACAAGAGACCUGUGCAUGUGCCCCAAACUUAGGAGCUAUAGCAAGGAGUUAACUAGCUGUUAUGGGGCAUCAGCUGUUAUGGGGCACCUGUUCCUCUUAGCUUUCCACCUAAUGGUAUUAAGAGCACAGGCUUCUGGUGCCAUUAACUUGUACAGUUACUUACAGAGAGGGCUUACCAUCAUUUAGAAACUUCCACUGAAAGUCAAGUGACAUUCAGGUUUUGGCUCUUUCAUCUCUUUGUAAUUUGUCCACAAAUGUGGAGACUAAUUUUCUUCUUCUUGUUUUUGCACUGUCAUUUCUGUUACCCAGUGUAAAUGGAGGGCAUUUUCCGAAGAAAAAGGAGAAAUUUGUAAAGCAGGGCAACUGAAAUAAGUGCAGGAUUGACUGGAGUAGUUUCUUAAGUUGCAUGCUCAUCAUGAUGUAAUGUCCACCAUCACAUAGGGACUGUAAUUAAUAUUCUUCUUGCUGUAAAAUAGGGGAAUCAGCCCUGUAGCCAAACACAGCCAAGCACAUUGCCCCCAUUAGUACAUUUUUUCAGUGUUGUCAAUUAGUUCUGGGAGUUAAUUAAUGUGUUUGAACAAACAGCCCUCCUACAGGUUCGUUGUUUGACCCCAUACUAAAUGUCUGAGUGGUGUCAGUGGAACAA